GUCUCAGUUGGUCUGUAGAGGCCACUGGACUGAGCUGAGUGCGCGCGCUCUCUUCUUUUCUCCGUGCUGCGAAGGGAGGUUGGGGGCAGGGCCCGAGGCUACUGCGGCCCAGAUUUGCGCUGCUGUUCCCGCUGGAAAAGAUCCCACCCGCGUCCUCUCAAUGCCCCUCCACCCUGCUCAGACGUUCCCCGCAGGGCAUUAGAGCCAUUCUCCCGUCUACAGGAGCCCCUGGCCGGCCGCCUCCUGAAGAGCGCGUGAAUAUGAGCCGUCCGUUGGUGUGCGUGACUCUCCACCCCUCCUCCUUUUCGAGGCAGGUAAAGGAGAGCGAGUGGUUCGUAUCCAGCCAGAGAGAAGAAAAACAAAUUGAGCACCUAGGAUGUGAGAGAUCUUCUCCUUUCUAAAGGAACCGUAUUGUUUGCAAGAUGGAUCGGAGUAAGCGAAAUUCAAUAGCAGGAUUUCCACCACGUUUGGAGCGCAUUGAAGACUUUGAUGGGGGUGGCGGAGGUGAUGGGACCGUGCCCCAGAUGGGCAGAGUUUGGACUUCUUCAUACAGGGCCUUGAUAAGUGCCUUUUCAAGACUUACACGACUUGAUGACUUUUCCUGUGAGAAAAUAGGAUCUGGUUUCUUCUCUGAGGUAUUCAAGGUGCGGCACAGAGUAUCUGAUCAAGUAAUGGCUCUGAAGAUGAAUACGCUAAGCAGCAAUAGAGCAAACAUGCUAAAAGAAGUCCAGCUCAUGAACAGGCUUUCCCAUCCAAACAUAUUAAAGUUUAUGGGCGUCUGUGUACAUCAAGGACAACUGCAUGCCCUCACUGAGUAUAUCAACUGUGGUAACCUUGAACAGUUGUUGGAUGGUAAUCAGCACCUGUCCUGGACAAUAAGAGUGAAGCUGGCACUGGACAUUGCUCUGGGACUCAGUUAUCUUCACUUUAAAGGCAUUUUCCAUCGGGAUCUGACAUCUAAGAACUGUUUAAUAAAACAUGAUGAGAAUGGAUAUUCUGGUAUAGUUGGGGACUUUGGCUUGGCAGAGAAAAUCCCUGACUAUAGUGAGAAACUGCCAGUGGUGGGCUCUCCGUAUUGGAUGGCACCUGAAGUGUUGAGAGAUGAGCCAUAUAAUGAAAAGGCGGAUGUGUUCUCCUAUGGGAUCAUUCUUUGCGAGGUUAUAGCUAGGAUCCAGGCAGAUCCAGACUAUCUCCCUCGCACAGAGAAUUUUGGACUGGAUUAUGAUGCCUUUCAGCACAUGGUGGGAGACUGUCCCCCUAGCUUCCUUCAGUUGGCCUUCAACUGCUGCAAUAUGGACCCAAAAUUACGCCCGUCAUUUGCUGAUAUUGUCAAGACACUGGAGGAAAUUCUAAGCAAUUUGAAAAGUGACGAGGAUGAAAGAGAAAGGAAAAUCCUAAAUCUGGACAAUACAGAUAGAAAAUCCAUCUCUGUGUCCAAAGGAUUACUAGACAGAGGACAAGGAGUCAAAAGGCUAAGUUCACUGGAUGACAAGAUUCCACCAAAGUCACCCCGUCCACGGCGUAACAUCUGGCUGUCACGCAGUCAGUCAGACAUCUUCUCUCGUAAGCCUUGUCGCAAGAUAAAUGUUCAGGACCCGUACUACACACCAAGCAAAGGGGCAAGCCGGAAAGUCAACCCCUUCAAUUCUAGGGAAGACUUGAAAGGGGGAAAGGUCAAAUUUUUUGAUAUGCCAAGCAAAUCUGUGAUAUCACUUGUAUUCGACUUGCACUCUGCAGAGGCGGGAGGAUGUUUGAAGAUGAGCCAGCCCCAGUUCAGGCAGACCUAUGGCACUGACUGGCAGGAAUCUCCUUUCCUUCUUGGGAGACGAAGCAGAUCACUUCCAGUCUCGCCUGAACUUGUGCAUAAAGAUUAUAGUACAUUUGGGGAUCUCUCAUCAACAAUUAGUAGGUGUGAUCCCAGCCAGCUGGGGGCUGAGGUGCGGCAGAAGCUAUUGAGCAGCAGUAGGUACGGUGUGUCUGAGAUCCCUCCUUUUCAGGCCAAACGUCAUAGGCAGGUGUUGUCUCCUCCUCCUCUGCAAGAGGAGGAUAUGGACUGUUCUGAUGGGCUGGAGCCCCAAGAUGAAAAUGGGUUCUGUCCUCUAAAAAUUUCUGCUGAGGAGACAGAACUCAGAAAGCCUGGGGAGCAAGGUCUCCAAGAUGCCCAGAAUGUGGAUGGUAUCUUAUUACAGAAUUUAGACUAUUCAGAAGACAAAGCCUCAGAGAUGUUCAUGAGCUGUACCACCUCUGAAGAUAUGGAGGUAGAAGAUGAAACUCAAAGGAAUAUCCCUUUCACACGGUUGGAGUCUUCCAAACUUUUGUUCAGUGUUAAUCCUUCCUCACAGCCAGACAGAAAAUCCUCUCUUUUUGAAGUGGCGACUAGUGACACCUCAGAUCUUGUUUCUCUGCCAUCUUCAAAUAUACCAGCAUCAGUAAGCGAGCAGUCAAAAUGUGACAUUUAAGCUCCAGCCAUGAUAGCAUGGUGGCAAAAAUCCUUCCAGCUUCUUUAGUUUUAAUUUCCUAUGACGAAAGCUCUAGGAAAAUGUAGCAAUGCAACCAAUCCAUUUGAAGGUUUCAAACUUUAUUUGGAGAGACUGCAUACAGGCAAGAGUAUGUGAGAUAAUCUGCAAGCAGAAGGGGUGAGCCACAUCUCCAUGGGAUGCUUGAACCAAUGUCCAUGCAGGGCCAUACUUCUGGAUAUGAUGAGAUCAUGGGCAUGUCUCUGCUUAUAAGUUGUCCCCCACGUUCUGCACACAUGUGUGUUUUAGGUCCUAUCAAAGGAAUUCUUUCACAUUUGGUAGUGGCAUUUCAUUUUAAACAACUAUAACUUUCACUUUUUCUCUCUUUAGCGGUUGCUGAGCAGGUAUAAAUGGAGUACAAAAGCUUUCAAAUUAGCAAUGUUAUGACACCCUAGAUCAGCGGUGGGGAGUCAAUGGCCCUUUGCAUAUUGCUGAACUCCAACCCCAUCAUUCCUAACCAUUGGUCAUGCUGGCUGGGGCUGAUGGGAGUUGGGAGUCAAACAACAUCUAAAUGUCCACCCAUAGAGAGGUCCAUCCAUUGUACAGCAAUAGUAGCUGCUGUACAACCAAAUACCUGUUCAGUAAAUUUGUGUUUUGUACAAAAAGCAUAAGCAGUUGCAUGUUUGCAACUUCUGUGCUAUAGAAGGAAAGAUGCACAUAUGACUGUGCAAAUGUUUGGCAUGUGAGAUCUUAAAAAGUAAGGCAACCUCCUCAGCAACACGCUCUUAAAAUCCACCUGUGUGCAGCUCUUCAAUAGCCUAUCUCUAUGAGUCACUCACAUUCUGAGUGUUCAUAUGUAAACUUGGUCUAUAUUUACAUUUUGUGCAAUUUCUAUAUGUACCUCAUCUGAGAUUCUCCAAAUGGAAGGGAUUUGCUUGCUUGGUAAACUCUAGCUGCAGAAAUAGUAUAUCCUGUCUGUAAUAACCUUUCUGUGAGCAUCCAGAGAAGCAUUAAUGCUCAGCCAUAGAGAAAGGUUGGUUACAGACUGUAUAAAAGGGAUUAGAGCCUUAUGUUUUGCCUCUAAUCCCUUAUUUUAAUACAUUAGUGAGAACUCCCCUAUGGGGAGGUAAUAAAAAGCAGUAUGGUUUUCUGAUGUGUGUAAAUUGCCUCUCCUUUUCACCCCUGAAAAAGGAACCAUAAAAAGGGUGAAAACCCAUAAAGUAUCAAGCAAUAACUUGUGAAGCACAGAUACAAAAAUCUUGCGGAGCAGAUAACCUCCUGCCUAAGGGUUCCAUGUUGAAAAUUUGGCAGCAAUAAAAACAUUUUGCAAGCUGUGCUUAUUUAUAUAGAAGUCUUUCACACCCUGAACUUCCUUCCAGAGCCUUGCCUUUAGACCAAGAAUGAUGGCUAUCCUGCCCAUCAUCCAUUAAUACAGGUUUCUGACCCAGUACCAUACUCUGGUUCUUUCAGUUGGUUAGCUCUCAAGGUUGACCAGGAAGAGUCCCCAAAUCUGUUAUCCAUGUGCAUUUUUGUAAUUAUUUGAACAAUAAAAAGCAAAUAUAUCUGAAUGGCCAGCUAAGCUCUGAGCAGAUGUCUGAUGCACAUUUUUAAUUUGAUAUCUGUUUCCCCACCAAGGCAGAGGAGUUUACACUUAUUUGGUGCAUGGAUGAUGAGAGAACUGAGCACUUGGGUCUGCUUCAGUGGCUAUAAAAGGAGCCUACACUUCAGCCUACUCUGUGGCUUGCUGUGUGGACUCCAAUAACCCUGUAGCCUUUGGAUGCUUUCCUUGUGCUUACUGUUUUGUGAAGGCUUGAUGUUAGAUCAAGAAGCCUACUCUUGAACAAGUAGCCUGUGUUCUGAACUUGAUUCCUCCUUUGUGUAUUUUUCCUGCUUUCAUGCAGCCUUCCUGAAAGCAACCUAUGAGAAGUGGUGGUGUCUUUGGAAGUGGGUGUUUAUAUGGCUGCUUUGCAUUCUUAGUAGAAUGCUGGUGCAAGGCAUUUAUCCAGAUACAGAAAGCAUGAAGUCUUCCCAGUCCACUUUGUAAUGGAAAAGGGCUGGCUUUGAAAGAGCUUUAGGUGAAAGCCAAUUACUUUGUCAUUGUGUGGUUAAAACUAAAUGUAUACUGUCCC